ACCACCACCCCACCCGCACCCCCCCACCCCCGGCGCGGCGCGGAGGAUGCGGGGCCGCAGCUAAGGCGGCGCAGCGGCGUUGAGGAGGAUGGAGGCGCCCCUGGUAAGCCUGGAGGAGGAGUUCGAGGAGGGGCCCGGGGACGAUGGGGGGACCCCGCAACGCACUGCGGACCCGGCGCUGGCCGAGCUGGAGAGCUUCUCGGCCGAGAUGAUGAGCUUCAAGUCGAUGGAGGACCUGGUGCAGGAGUUUGACGAGAAGCUCACCGUCUGCUUCCGCAACUACGAUGCUGCCACCGAGGGUCUGGCCCCCGUGCGGGGGCGUCUCCAGGCGCAGGAGGAGGAGGAGCGCCUCCAGGAUGAGGAGGUCUGGGAUGCUCUCACCGAUGGCUGCCCCCGGGGCUCCCCCCGGCCCUGGCUGCUCCCCGGGACUGAGGCCCCCGACGGCACCGACCCCCAGCUCUGCGAGAAGGAGGAGGAGGAAGAGCUCACUGAGAGGAGUGAGCAAGACUCGGGCAUCAACGAGGAGCCGCUGCUGACAGCUGAGCAGGUCAUUGAGGAGCUGGAGGAGCUGAUGCAGAGUUCGCCCGACCCGGAGGCCGACCCUGAGGGUGAUGAGGAUGAGGAAGAGGAGGAGGAGGAAACUGAGGCCGAUGCUGAAGGCGAAGGCGGUGGCGGGGGCACGGAGCCCAUCCUUCUGCGUGAGCUGCGCGCUUUCUCCCCUGCCUUCAACAACAACUGCUCCCACGAAGGGCUGGGGCGGCUGUCGGCGCGGGAGCUGGCGGCGGCGGCGGGGCGCGCGGAGGCGGCGAGCCGGGCGCUGUCGGCGGAGCUGGUGGCCCAGUUGGCGCGGCGGGACGAGCUGGCGUUCGAGAAGGAGGUGAAGACGGCGUUCAUCGGGGCGCUGCUGGCGGUGCAGGGGGAGCAGCGGGAGCAGCGGGAAGCCGCCCGGCGUCGCCGGCGCGACAGGGGGCUGAGCCUGCAAGGGGGGCGUCCCGAGCGCGGGAACCACAUGCCCCGGAAGCGCUUCAGCAUGGAGGGCAUCUCCAGCAUCCUGCACUCCGGCCUGCGCCAGACCUUCGGCCCCGCCGCCAACGAGAAGCAGUACCUGAACACGGUGAUUCCCUACGAGAAGAAGGGGUCGCCGCCCUCCGUCGAGGACCUGCAGAUGCUCACCAACAUCCUGUUUGCCAUGAAGGAGGGGAACGAGAAGGUGCCCACGCUGCUCACGGACUACAUCCUCAAAGUGCUCUGCCCAACCUGAUGCGGCGCUGCCCUCGCACCGCCCCCACCCUGGCGCCCCCCAAAAACGGGGCCAAACCCGAGGAAAAUGGGUCGCCCGCGGCCCCUCCCCCCUUCCCCCCGCACUCCCCCCACCUUUGCACAGCUGGGAAAUAAAUAAUUCGUUUCAUUAAUUAA